AACUAGUUAGCAGAGGUUUCCCUUGUUGAGCUUGGUGACCUGGUAGAUCCAUAUCCUCUUGUGGCGUACAUGGUUGAGGGUUUGCGCAUGGUAAUGCUAAAAAGAUUCAUCAUUGUCAAAGAUUAAAGGUGUUCCAACAUGGGGAGCCCAGCUGUUCUGCGGAUAAUUUUUGGUGACGAGUCUGACUCUAGAAAACUAACACUCGAUUCUGGAAUUCCAUCAGCAGUGGAGGACCUAUAUUUGUUAGUUAAGACAUUCUUUCAACUCAAAGAGGACUUCAGGUUGCAAUAUAUGGAUGCUGACUUCAACGAGUUUAUUAACUUAACUUCAGUGUCUGAAAUUAAAAACAAAAGCACGCUGAAAGUUAUAUACAUUCCUGUUUUUUCACCUGUGGAGCCCUGCAUCACGCUGUAUACAGUAGACUCAUCUGGUGAGCUCUCAAAUACCUCUUGCUCAAAUCCUGAAACUCCUGCUUCAUCUAUAGACUCAUCCUGCAGGGAUGAUACACCGUUCACAUCAACCCCAGAGUCAUCUCUAGAAACUCAGCUUUCAAAGUUGUCUUCCUGGCCCAAGGUGUUUUUGGUACCCAAAUUCACAUAUGAUGCAGAGUUUGAGCUACAGGACAAGAAUAGAGAGUAUGAGACAAUUGGAACAUACUUUAACCCUGGCCCAAAGUUAAAAGGAGUCAUUCUUGAUGGCCUAGCCCAAGAAAUGUUGAAAUACACAAAAUAUCCAAAAGACUAUCAGUGUGAAGAGGUAGCAGCAGCAUUGACGAGAGCUCAUCCUUGUUUGGGACAGCUGGGAUCCAAGACAGGAUUUUGGGGAUGGAAACAGUCACUGAAGUAUAAAAUGCAAAACUAUCGAACAAAGCUGGGGCGACUCGGACAUCCUGAAAUACGUGUGAACUCCUUUAAGCACAAACGUGAAGGCCAAGGCAAAGCUGCAGCCAACAUCAAGAAAGCGAGAAAGGCUGAAGUUUACUACAUACCACUGCACCCAAAAGGCGAAACCACAGAAAGCUUGGAGAGUGAGAGAAUCGCUUUGUUGUCAGAAAUAAAAAAACGUGACAAUGAAGUGGUGAUAAAAGCAAAAAUGGAAAAAACCUUCUCCCACAGACGACGAGAGGUCGUUGAACAGAGGCCCAUGAUAGAGGAAUUUAAAAACCGGUGGCCUGCCCUGUUCCAGCAGAGUGAAAUUAAUGAGGAGUUCUUGAGGAUCACUACAAAGCCACUGCUGUCAAAGUUUAUGUCACAACUGGACCACUUUUCACUCAAGCUGAUGCAGAUCUUCAAAAGCAAAGGAGGCGUGAAGGGGCAACGAAUCAAAGAAGUUCUGGCAAAAAUAGAUUUGUGUGACGACAUUGACAUCAGGAGGGAGUGCAUCCUGAGAAGCCUUGUUAUCUACCUCAAUGAAGAUCCAGACACAUUCUUCAAGGAAUAUCUGGCCUCCGCCACUGAGGAUGCAGAAAGGGACAUUGCCCUCACAGUCAUGGGGAUAAACAUCAUCCGUGGAGAUGGCGAUAGGCAGCCAGAGGAUGUGGGAGUUGUUAUCGAAGGCAUCAAAGUCCUAAGCAACGUGGACACCGUCAUCAUGGGGAUUAUAAUGAUGUUUGGGCGCAUUUAUGCCCUUGAUCUAAGCUUUCCAGACAACCUCAAGUACACAUUUGAGUUUCUCCAGAAGAUCCUAAUGAACCUGGAUGGGCAAAAGCUGAACACAAAGAUACAGCAGCUGAAAAUCAAGUUGUUUGCAUGAGAGGUGAACACUUGUUGACAAAGUUCAUCAUCGGAUCUUUAUUUUUGGUUGUAUUUUAUUGCCUUCAUUGUCACCCACUUAAGACAAUAUGACCUACAACAUUUUGAACUUCAGAAUUGGACCUAACUUUACCUCCCCAUUUUAUCUCUGAGUGUGACUACCCUCCACACUUCUCGCAUCCAUUUCUCUCCUCCGUUUCAUCACUCAACCCUGGAUAAAUGGAUUAAGUUCGACUCAAGACUUUGGAAUUUUAUUUUGUAUUUUUUGAAUAACUAGUACUUUUUUCAUGUUUUGUUUUUACUUGCUUACAUUCAAAGGAUAUUUGCUGCUAGCAUCCCAUUAAUAUCAGAUUCCUGAUCUGCGAAUAUUGAGUUUUUCUUAUUUAUUUUUGUUUGUUGCCAAUUUGAUCCAUGUUGUUUCCUUUUAUUUAACUCUAGUACAUUAAGGCUAAUGGCUACAUUAGCACACUUGCGCAGUACUCAAAUGUGUUUUUGCAGUUUCCUUUGUGGCGCUGAGUGUUAAUUUUACACCACUUUAGGCUAUUUUGGAGAACCGUUUCUCGUAAAGUUUUCCUUGCGUUAUUUAAGAAAAGUUAAAAGGUGUUUUAUAACUAAG